GACUCGGCGCUCGUUCAGUACAAAAAUCAACAUGGACGCAGGUCAGAGUUGUCGGGCGUGAGCGUGCACACGAAUGUUGCGAUACAAUUGUACGGUGGCGCAAAAUAAGUGCUGUUGAGCGAAAUAUUGGAUUAUCUAGAGCGACUACAACCGUAAGGCGGCCUGCCUAGGCUAAGGUUGUAAAAUGACGACCGACAUCAGUUUGAAUCGAUGGGAUCCCAGUCUGCAGCAGGAGAUUGUCGAGGAGUACGAGUACGAUGGCGGUAAUUCGUCGUCGCGGCUCUUCGAACGCUCCAGGAUCAAGGCCCUUGCGGACGAGCGCGAGAGCGUGCAGAAGAAGACCUUUCAGAAAUGGGUGAAUUCGCAUCUUGUGCGAGUGAACUCACGCAUCGCGGACCUUUAUGUCGAUCUGCGCGAUGGCAAACAGCUCAUUAAAUUAUUAGAAGUGCUGUCAGGUGAAAGAUUGCCGCGUCCUACCAAAGGCAAAAUGCGAAUUCACUGCUUGGAGAACGUCGACAAAGCGCUGCAGUUCUUGAAAGAUCAGCGCGUCCAUCUUGAGAAUAUGGGCUCGCAUGAUAUCGUCGAUGGGAAUCCGCGCCUCUCGCUGGGUCUCAUCUGGACGAUUAUCCUGCGGUUCCAGAUUCAGGAUAUUACGAUCGAAGAAACCGAUAAUCAAGAAACGAAAUCUGCAAAAGAUGCGCUUUUACUUUGGUGCCAGAUGAAAACUGCUGGUUAUCAUAAUGUAAACGUACGCAACUUUACGACAUCUUGGCGUGACGGUUUAGCAUUCAACGCUAUCAUUCACAAACACCGACCCGAUAUUAUUCAAUUCGACAAGUUGUCUAAAUCGAACGCCAUGCACAACUUGAAUAACGCUUUCAACGUCGCCGAAGAUAAACUCGGUCUGACACCACUACUGGACGCUGAAGAUGUCUUCGUUGAUCAACCCGACGAGAAAUCCAUCAUCACCUAUGUGGUCACUUACUACCAUUAUUUCAGUAAGAUGAAGCAGGAGACGGUGCAGGGCAAGCGUAUUGGUAAAGUCGUCGGUAUCGCGAUGGACAACGAUCGCAUGAUUGGCGAGUAUGAAUCACUCACGAGUGAUUUACUCGCGUGGAUUGAGAGCACCAUUCAAGCUCUGGGCAAUCGUGAGUUUGCCAAUAGUCUCGCCGGUGUGCAGCAGGAAUUGAUGCAGUUUAGCGCCUAUCGCACCGUGGAGAAACCCCCCAAAUUCGUCGAGAAAGGCAACCUGGAGAUUUUACUCUUUACUCUCCAGUCGAAGAUGCGCGCGAAUAAUCAGCGUGUAUACACUCCCAAGGAAGGUAAAAUGAUUGCGGAUAUUAACAAGGCGUGGGACCGGCUGGAAAAGGCCGAGCAUGAACGGGAGUUAGCUGUGCGUGAGGAAUUGAUCCGCCAGGAGAAGCUGGAGCAGCUCGCGGCGCGUUUCAAUCGCAAGGCGUCGAUGCGCGAGACGUGGCUCAAUGAAAACCAGCGGCUGGUGUCGCAGGAUAACUUCGGGCAUGACUUGGCUGCGGUGGAAGCCGCGGCGAAGAAACACGAAGCCAUUGAAACUGAUAUUCUUGCGUAUGAGGAGCGUGUGCAGGCUGUCGUGGCGGUCGCGUCGGAAUUAUCCGCUGAGAACUAUCAUGAUAUCGAUAGAAUUAGUCAGCGCAAGGAUAAUGUACUACGCCUAUGGAAUUAUCUAUUGGAAUUGCUCAAGGCUCGUCGCUUGCGUUUAGAAUUGAGCUUGCAGUUGCAGCAAACAUUCCAGGAAAUGUUGCAUAUUUUGGACUCAAUGGAAGAACUCAAGGCGCGUUUGUUAACCGAUGAUUACGGUAAGCAUCUGAUGGGUGUUCAGGAUCUGCUCCAGAAGCACAGUUUGCUCGAGGCUGAUAUCAACGUGUUGGGCGAACGCGUCAAGGCCAUUCCCGCACAAUCCCAGCGCUUCCAGGACAUCGAAACCAACGAGGGUUAUCGUCCGUGCGAACCAUCAUUGGUUGAAGAACGCGUGCAACAACUUGAAGACGCUUAUUCCGAACUGGUGCGUCUGGCUGUCGAACGCCGUGAACGCCUUGAAGAAUCCCGACUCCUGUGGCAGUUCUAUUGGGACAUGGCUGAUGAAGACAACUGGAUUAAAGAGAAGGAUCAGAUCGUGUCCACUGAUGAAAUCGGUCAUGAUCUCACCACGAUUAAUCUCCUGCUGGUGAAACACAAGGCUUUGGAGAAUGAAAUCGCUGCGCACGAGCCGCAGUUCAAAGAAGUUCUCAGUGUUGGUGAGCAACUCAUUGAACGCAACAACUUUGGUAAGGAUUCCAUCCAGGAGCGACUGGAUGUCACCCUGCAAGCAUGGAAUCAUCUGCAAGAACUCACUGCCAAUCGCCGUAAACGUCUUGAGGACGCCGUGGAUUAUCAUCAAUUGUUCGCGGAUGCGGAUGAUAUUGAUUUGUGGAUGUUGGAUACUCUGCGUUUGGUGUCCAGUGAAGAUGUCGGGCGUGAUGAGGCGCAGGCGCAGAGCUUGCUCAAGAAGCACAAGGACGUUACCGAAGAGCUCAAGAACUACGCGUCGGUUAUUCAAUCAUUGCAUGAACAAGCGCAGCAAUUGGGAUCAGACUUGGCUGGAUCCCCAGAGGUGACCAAACGUUUAGAGUCUAUUGAUAACAGGUACAAGGAAUUGAACGAGUUGGCCAAGCUGCGUAAACAACGUCUGCUUGACGCAUUGUCACUAUACAAACUUCUAUCUGAGAGCGAUGGUGUUGAGCAAUGGAUCAGCGAGAAGGACCGCAUGUUGGAGACGAUGGUUCCAGCCAGGGAUAUCGAAGAUGUGGAGAUCAUGAAACAUCGCUAUGAUGGCUUCGAGAAGGAGAUGAAUGCCAAUGCGAGUCGUGUGGCGGUCGUGAAUCAACUCGCGCGUCAACUCUUGCAUGUCGAACAUCCCGACAGUGAGCAAAUCACUCAACGUCAGAAUCAACUCAAUCAGAAAUGGUCGGAACUACGCGAAAAGGCCGAGGGUAAGAAGGAGGAGUUGAACCAGGCGCAUGGUUUACAAACGUUCCACAUUGAAUGCCGCGAGACUGUCACCUGGAUCGAAGAUAAGAAGAGGAUUCUUCAGAGUACUGACAGUUUGGAGAUGGAUUUGACUGGUAUCAUGACUCUACAACGUCGUUUGAGUGGCAUGGAGCGUGAUCUUGCUGCGAUUCAAGCUAAACUCACCUCGUUGCAGAGGGAAGCUGAUCAGAUCGAACAUGAUCAUCCUGAGGAGGCUGCGUUGAUCCGCGAAAGAAUUGUGCAGAUUCAAGUCAUCUGGGAGCAGUUGACGCAGAUGUUGAAGGAACGCGAUGCGAAAUUGGAAGAGGCUGGUGAUUUACAUCGAUUCCUGCGUGAUUUGGAUCAUUUCCAGGCUUGGUUGGCACGUACACAGACGGAUGUCGCUUCUGAGGAUACUCCUAGUACUCUGGCAGAGGCUGAGAAGCUCCUGUCGCAACACCAGAGCAUUCAUGAGGAGAUCAACAACUACACUGAUGAUUACACCAAGAUGAUGGAGUAUGGUGAGCGUAUUACUGCCGAUCCUGGCACGCAGGAUGACCCACAAUACAUGUUCCUGCGUGAACGUUUGAAGGCCCUGAACGCCGGCUGGGAUGAACUGCGUCAGAUGUGGGAGAAUAGACAGGAUCUCCUCUCGCAGUCGUUGAAUCUACAGCUGUUGAACCGCGACGCGCGUCAGGCUGAGGUGAUUUUAACUCAGCAAGAGCACCAGUUGAACAAAGACGAAAUUCCGACUAGUUUGGAACAAGCUGAGAAUCUACUCAAGCGUCAUGAAGCUUUCCUCACCACCAUGGAAGCCAAUGAUGAUAAAAUCAACGGAGUUUUGCAGUUCUCCCGGCGUUUGGCUGAGGAUAAACACUUUGCUGCUGAUAAAAUUGGUAAACGCACCGAUGCCAUUGAAGAACGUCGACAGGCUAACAAGGAUCGUGCAUUGGCGCAGCUAGAAAAGUUCAAGGAUCAGCUGGAUCUGCAGCAAUUCCUGCGUGAUUGUGAAGAACUCGGGGAAUGGAUGCAGGAGAAGCACGUGGUUGCUCAAGAUGACACCUAUCGCAGCGCGAAGACUGUGCAUUCCAAAUGGACAAGACAUCAGGCGUUCGAAGCGGAAAUCGGCGCGAAUAAAGAACGACUUAGUAACUUAGCCAAGGCUGGUGAAGAACUCGCACGAGAUAAACCAGAAUACGCUGAAUUGAUUAAACCGAAGAUUGAAGAAUUGUCUGAUCAAUUCAACAUCCUUGAAACAACCACACACGAGAAAGGCGAGCGUCUUUUCGACGCCAAUCGUGAGGUACUCAUCCAUCAAACCUGCGAUGAUAUUGACUCCUGGAUGAACGACUUGGAGAAACAAAUCGAAGCCGAUGACACCGGCUCGGAUCUUGCUUCUGUUAAUAUUCUCAUGCAGAAGCAGCAAAUGAUCGAGACACAAAUGGCGGUUAAGGCGCGUCAAGUCAACGAGCUUGAAUCUCAAGCCAAACACUUGGAGAAGACCGUACCCACUGAGAAACUCGACGAUAUUAAGAUGAAGAAGACUCAAGUGGAGGUACGCUUUGAACAACUGAAGCAACCUCUGGUUGAACGCCAACGCGCUUUGGAGAAGAAGAAGGAAGCCUUCCAAUUCCGUCGGGAUAUUGAGGAUGAACUCCUCUGGAUUUCCGAGAAAAUGCCGCAAGCUUCCUCUGAUGAGUAUGGUAAUAGUUUGUUCCAUGUUCACAUGCUGAUGAAGAAGAAUCAAUCCCUGCGUACGGAGAUUGAUAAUCACGAGCCUAGAAUUCACACCGUUUGUAACAACGGACAGAAACUCGUUGAUGAAGGACACGAGAGUGCUGAUGAGUUUAGUCACUUGAAUACCGAACUCCUGCGAGCCUGGCAGGAGUUGAAGGACGCGUUGGAGAAACGUCGUGAGAAUUUGUUGCGUAACGAACGCGCGCAGCAGUAUCUCUUUGAUGCCGGCGAGGCUGAAGCAUGGAUGAGCGAGCAGGAGUUGUACAUGAUGGUUGAAGACCGCGGUAAGGACGAAACAUCUGCACGUAACCUCAUCAAGAAACAUGAUGGUUUAGACGCGGUGGUUGAACAAUACGCUGAUACUAUUCGUUCUUUGGGUGAGACUGUAAGACAACUCGCAGCUGAAGGACAUCCGCUUGCUGAACAAGUCGCUGUUAAACAAUCACAGCUUGAUAAGUUAUACGCUGGGCUAAAGGAUUUAGCAGGUGAGAGACGCGCGAAAUUAGACGAAGCCCUACAACUCUUCUUGUUGAAUCGUGAUGUUGGUGAUUUGGAGCAAUGGAUUGCCGAUCGUGAAGUAGUUGCAUCAUCACACGAAUUGGGUCAGGAUUAUGAUCAUGUCACGUUGUUGUGGGAGAGAUUCAAGGAAUUCGCCAAGGAUACAGAAACCAUUGGUAAUGAGCGUGUUGCUGCAGCGAAUGAUGUCGCUGAUCAACUCAUUGCUGCCGGACAUACUGAUUCAGCAACCGUUGCUGAAUGGAAGGACGGUUUGAAUGAAGCCUGGCAGGAUUUGUUGGAGUUAAUCGAGACGCGCACACAGAUGUUGGACGCCAGCAAGGAGCUGCACAAAUUCUUCCACGAUUGCAAGGAUGUCCUCAGUAGAAUCAUGGAGAAAUCUGUGGCGAUGAGUGAUGAACUCGGCCGUGACGCUGGUUCCGUAUCAGCUUUACAACGGAAACAUCAGAAUUUCAUGCAGGAUCUGCAAACUUUACAAUCGCAGGUGCAGCAGAUUCAAGAAGAAAGCGCUAAGUUGCAGAGUGCCUACGCUGGCGACCGUGCUAGAGAGAUUACCAACCGUGAGGCGGAAGUUGUCAGCGCCUGGAUGAAUCUGCAAGGAUCCUGUGAGCAGAGGAAGUUCAAGCUUGGAGAUACAGGCGAUUUGUACCGCUUCUUCAACCUGGUCAGGACAUUGAUGCAAUGGAUGGACGAUGUCAUCAGACAAAUGAACACCGGUGAAAAACCACGUGAUGUCAGCGGUGUGGAGACAUUAAUGAACAACCAUCAGAGUCUAAAGGCGGAGAUUGACGCCCGGGAGGAUAAUUUUACUGCUUGCGUGUCUCUUGGUAAAGAGUUGCUAGCACGUAAUCAUUACGCAACCGCUGAGAUCCGCGAUAAGUUGCUCGCGUUGAGCAAUCAGCGUAAUUCUCUGCUGUUGCGUUGGGAGGAACGAUGGGAGAAUCUUCAGCUUAUUCUGGAAGUGUACCAGUUUGCUCGUGACGCAGCUGUUGCUGAGCAGUGGCUCAUCGCACAAGAGCCGUAUCUGAUGAGUACCGAACUGGGGCAGACUAUUGACGAUGUGGAGAAUCUUAUCAAAAAGCACGAGGCGUUUGAGAAGUCUGCAGCUGCACAAGAGGAGAGAUUUGAAGCAUUGGGACGUCUAACAACAUUCGAACUGAAAGAAAAACGACGACGUGAAGAAGAAGCCGAAGCUGCAGAGCGUGCAAAACGUGAGGCCGAAGAAGAAGAACGCAGGAAAGCAGCGGAAGCGUUACGCGCGACGCAAUCACCCGAAGAUCGUCCUGACGCCUCCUCACCGCAAGAAGAGCGUCCCGCGUUUGAGCAUGUGCAUGCUAUAAGCUCCGCCGAUCGCAGGGCAAGUCAGGAACACAAAACGCCAGGCACAAGUUCACCUAGCAAAGCUAGGCCCAAAUCACACGAACCACAACUACGGCCCACGUCCUCUCGGUCGACCGGUACGUUAGAAAAAGAGCGCCGCAAGGAUCGGUCGCGCAGUAAGUCCCCAUUCAGGAGCUUCCGCUGGAAGAAGAGCGCUCCUAAACCGCAUGCGGGACAUCAUAGCGAUGAUGAUACGCAAUCAGAGCGUAUGAGUCCCGAUGAUGAGGUGGCAUGCGAAGGUACUCUGGUGCGUAAGCACGAAUGGGAGAGUACUACAAGCAAGGCGUCGAACCGCUCCUGGGACAAGGUUUACGCGGUGCUGAAGGGCACUCAUCUACAUUUCUACAAGGAUUCGAAGACCUCGAAGAGUUCUCCUGAUCAGACAUUCAAGGGAGAGCCGCCAUUGUCACUACGAGGUGCUGAGUCUUCUGUUGCUUCCGAUUACAAGAAGAAGAAGCAUGUUUUCCGACUAAAGUUGGUGAGUGGAGCAGAGUUCUUAUUGCAAGGACACGAUGACGCCGACAUGAAUAACUGGAUAGCGCGGAUAACGGCCGUGCAGGAGACAGAUUCGGCGGGUCCGUCGCGUAGUCAAACAUUACCUGCCUCUGCGCAAAAGGAUGAUCCAAAGAGGCGCAGCUUCUUCACGCUAAAGAAGAAUUAAAUUAUGUAAUAGAAUAUACAAAGAAUGGUAACGAGAGAGAAAGAGAGAGUACAGAGAGAAAUUGAUAUAUUACAAAGUUGCUUUUAGCUGGCCCGCACACCUACGAAGGCAAAGGGCAUUAAAAAAUACAAACAAAAAGAGAAAGAAAUUACAAAUAAUAAUAUUAUAAUAAUUAAUAUAUUCACGUUCUAUUUUAUAUAUUAUUUUUUAGUACUGUAAGAGCCCUUAAUUACUAUUGAGUUGAUUGAUUGAUUGGUAUAUAUUUUUAUGUAGCCGCACUAAAAGAUAAAACUAAGGCAAGGCGAUGAAGGAUUUCAAGGCACGGAUCGGAUGUGAUUGCUAACCAAUAAUUCUAUUAUUGUGUGAAUGUAAGCGGAGCGAUAUUUAUAUUGGAUUCGAAUUCAGAACACACCUAACACACACACACACAGAUAUAAAUAAGUACACGUUAAUGAUAAACCUAAUAAGGAUGAUAUGACACUUUCAUAUUGUUAAAUGGUAUCGAUAAAUAGUAAUUGUUCUUACAGUGGUUACGAAUACUACGACUACUAUUACUACUACAUUAAAUGCAUAACUUAACGAUUCGAUAUUAUGAUAAUUACAUUGAGGAAAAUGCAAAAGGCUUGCGCUUGCUAUGCUGCCAAUAAUAACAUUCAUGUUUGUUCACACUUUGUCUCUAUCGCUACCCCUCUUCGAUUCGACUAUGUCCAGCCAGAUUUUAUUCAUUAGAGUUUAUCGACAUAUAUUUUAAAUAAAGGUAGUGUGCUUUUGUUUACGAACGUA